AUGUGUGUGGCCGGCAUCUGUAAAAACGAACGGAGAGUUAGUGCUGGCAAACGAUUGAUAAAGGGACAAUCUAUCUUUGGACAGCAGGGCGCCCACUUGAAAGACAAACGCAUACAGGGAAAUAUUCGUUCACGCAGGGCAAGUUGCACAGUAAGGAUUUCUCGGUCUCUCUCAUUCUCUCUCUCUCUCUCUCUCUCUCUCUCUCUAUCUCUCUCUCUCUCUAUCUAUCUAUCUAUCUAUCUAUCUAUCAUACAAACACAUCAAACACAAACACAACUCUCAAAUUCUAACACUCAUCUUCAUCCCUCUUCCUUACUGUCACUAUCUAUCUAUCUAUCUAUCUAUCUAUCUAUCUAUCUAUCUAUCUAUCUCUCUUUCUCUCUCCCUCUUUCGCUCUCUCUCUCUCUCUCUCUAUAUAUAUAUAUAUAUAUAUAUAUCUUUUAUCUAUCUAUCUAUCUUCUGCUUAUAUUUGUUAAUCUAUCCCAUUCAGUAAUUUAUCACCGUCUGCUUAUAUCUAUCGAUCUAUAUAAGUCAGUUAAUAUCUAUCUAUCUAUCUAUCUAUCUAUCUAUCUAUCUAUCUAUCUGUCAGUUUCUGUUAUCUAUCUAUCUAUCUAUCUAUCUAUCUAUCUUCUGCUCAUAUUUGUUAAUCUAUCCCAUUCAGUAAUUUAUCACCGUCUGCUUAUAUCUAUCGAUCUAUAUAAUAAUCUAUCACAUCUUAUAUCUAUUGAUCUAUCUAAUUCAGUUAUCUAUCUAUCUAUCUAUCUAUCUAUCUAUCUAUCUAUCUAUCUAUCUAUCUAUCUUUUUCUGCUUAUAUUUGUUAAACUAUCUCAUUCAGUAAUCUAUCACAUCUUAUAUCUAUUGAUCUAUCUCAUUCGGUUAUCUAUCUAUCUAUCUAUCUAUCUAUCUAUCUAUCUAUCUAUCUAUCUCCAUCAAUUCAUAUCUAUUUAUCAGUGGAGAAACUGGGUCAUCAAUGCUUGUCGGGUUCAUUACAAUCUUUAA